AUGGUCCAGGCGGAACAUGACGUAGACGAGGCUGAGAUAGUGGCUGCCGAUGAUGAUGGAGACAGCACCUAUGGCAGCGAAGCGUCAAGCUCCUACUCAGCGUCUGUGACAUCGAGUAUUCGCAACAAUAUCCAUGAGAAUGGACUGAGAUAUCAUGCUUUUAAGCAGGAUGCGUACUACCCCUUUCCGAAUGACGAGAAUGAGCAGAACCGGGACGAUAUCAAACAUGCAAUGACUGUUAUGCUUUGUGGAGGAAAACUGCACUUUGCUCCUAUUGGAGACAACCCACAGGCGAUUUUGGAUUUAGGUACCGGAACUGGUAUCUGGGCAAUCGAAAUGGCCGACAAGUACCCCAGUGCUGCGGUGGAAGGACUUGACCUGAGUGCCAUUCAACCUAACUACGUACCUCCAAAUCUCAAAUUCAUCAUCGAUGAUAUCGAAGAAGAAUGGGUAUACCCACCAAAUUCUUACAACUACAUCCACUGUCGGCACGUAGCGCAAACCAUUAAAAACAAGCCCCAGCUUUUGCAGCGUGCUCUCCGGACCCUGAAGCCAGGAGGAUAUUUCGAAUUCCAAGAAAUCCUCUACUACCCCGAAUGCGACGAUGGGACCAUGACCGAGCCAUACCCGGUAAAAGACUGGGUCGACGAGCUGAACGAAGGCAUCGCUAAGCUCGGCGGCGACAACUUCGGCGCUUCGAAACUGGCUGGUCAGAUGCGCGACGCGGGGUUUGUCAAUGUCGAGGAAAUCGUCCUGAAGCUUCCGCUGGGUAUCUGGCCCAAGGACAAACUGCUCAAACGGGCGGGCUUGUAUUGGCGAGUGGCGAUUAGUGACGGCCUGAGGAAUAUCUGUUCUCGGGUGUUCACGAGGGGCUUGGGGUGGACCAUGGAGGCGAUUGAUGUUUACCUUGUCGAGGUCCGGAAAAGUUUGCAUGAUGCGUCGAAGCAUGUGUAUUUCCCGCUGUACAUUGUUGUUGGACAGAAGCCCGAGACGGACUGA